GAUGCCCACAGCGACUGAGCACACAGGCCAAUCAGGCCUGGGCACAGGCGUAUGGCAUGAGAUCCAUGCCAGCCUAGCUCUCUCAAAAUAGCAUGGAAAAAGAAGCCGGAGUGAAAAUAAAUGUCAUGCCAUCUUCUGGAUGUCCUGGAAUAAUUUCAGUGGCAUGAACGAGUGACUACUUGUGAAUGCAUGAGACCUGCACAGAACCUAUUGAUUGCAUGAUGAAAAUGAACUAAUGGACCAUCUACUAUGAGAUUAUACCGUAGAUCUUUCACUCUCCUCCCACUCCUCAAACACAUAACCCGCCAUCGGCCGUCAAACUGUCGACAGACCGAUGCCCUUGCUGUAUCCCACAGACUCCAGCCCUUCAGGGGGCUGUCCACAGAUGGCUCCGCCCCUCAGCCCAGAAUUUGCGCAAACUCUGUCGAAGUCCUGGGCCAUGUCUACCCGCGAGAUGACACGACCAACGUGACAGCGAAAAUCUUGUCCAAAGUUGGCUGCCAGCUUCACAACCGUCCGCACCAUCCCUUGUGGCUUAUUAAAGAACGCAUCAAAGACCAUUUCUACCGUUCCUACGUGGGCCGCUCGGGAAACCCGCGCUUUUCGGUACAUGACAACCUCAGCCCGGUAGUGACGGUGGAGCAAAACUUUGACAGCCUGCUCAUUCCUCCAGACCAUCCCAGUCGAAAAAAAGGAGACAAUUACUACCUGAACCGCGCGCACAUGCUGCGGGCGCACACCUCCGCCCAUCAAAAAGAGCUGGUGAGCUCGGGGCUCGACUGCUUCCUUAUGGCUGGAGAUGUGUAUAGGCGAGAUGAGAUAGACUCCAGUCACUAUCCGGUUUUUCACCAGAUGGAGGGAGUGCGACUUUUCUCAAACCAUGAGCUUUUCGCCAAAGUGGAGAAUGGUGAGGACCUGUCGCUGUUUGACCGUGCUGGUCAGCGUACACCUCAGAAACAGGAAACACACACGCUGGAGGCUGUCAAACUCUUGGAGUUCGAUCUGAAACAGACACUCGCACGUCUGAUGCGACACCUUUUCGGUGAAGAUCUGGAAAUCCGCUGGGUGGACUGCUACUUCCCCUUCACACACCCCUCCUUUGAGAUGGAGGUGCGCUUUCAAGGUGACUGGCUAGAGGUGCUGGGCUGUGGGGUCAUGGAGCAGGAACUGGUCAACUCAGCUGGUGCUGCUAAUAAAAUUGGCUGGGCUUUCGGCUUAGGGCUGGAGAGGCUCGCCAUGGUUCUGUUCGGCAUCCCGGAUAUCCGACUGUUCUGGAGCGAGGACGAACGCUUCCUGAAGCAGUUCUGCCUGUCUGACAUCUGUCAAUCUGUCACCUUUCAAGCUCUCAGUAAGUAUCCUCCGCUCUUCAAUGACAUCUCUUUCUGGCUGCCGUCCGACGGUUACACGGAAAACGACUUUUACGACCUGCUGCGCAGUAUCGGAGGAGACCUAGUGGAGAAGGUCACACUGGUGGACAGCUUUAUACAUCCAAAGACGAAGAGAGUGAGCCACUGUUACCGCAUCGUGUACCGUCACAUGGAGAGGACUCUGACCCAGGAGGAAGUGCGGAUUAUUCAUGAAGCCAUUGAGCAGGCGGCGGAAAAAGAGCUUGGAGUGCAGGGAAGAUAUUGAAGUGAUCUUCAAGAAGCCUCCCACUUCUCAUAUUAGGAAUCACAGAUAUAGUAACAUCUCUCUUCUAACUAAUACAAGGAUUUUUAAAGCAGUUACAACUGUACUGAAUCAGGGAGUCCAUCUGGAUUUGUCUUUAAGUCCAUCCAAAAAUGUUAUUUCAGUCAUUAUUUUCUCACUCAAAUACAAAAAUUCUAAAGCACCGUAUGUGUUGUUUUUAGAUGAACUAUUUCUUUAACAAACAUUUAUUUCAAAGGAAGCAGGAUUUUGACUGUUUUGAACUGUUUGUUCUUGAUAACCCCUCUAAACCUUAUAGCACUUACUCAUACAUCAGAGUUUGGCACUCACUUCUUCAUAGCACAGUCAGGAAUUUCUUAAAGGGACAGUUCACCCAAAAAUGGAAAUUCUCUUAUAAUUAAUUAACCCUCAUGCCAGACUUUAUUUCUUUAGUUAAAUUUGAUAAAAAUUCCCAUAUAUUUUUGUUCAUGUAUACAAUGUAAAAAGUACUCGUGGUUGAGUGAAAAGGGAUGCAUUUAUUGAUGAGCCGUUUCAGCCCAAAAAUGAUAGAUUAUUUCAACCCAUGGUGGGGUCAGAUGUGACCCUGGACCACAAAACUGGUCAUAGGUAGCACGGGUAUAUUUGUAGUAAUAGCCAACAAUACAUUUGACACAUCUUUUAUGCAAAAAAAAUCAUUAGGAUAUUAAGUAAAGAUCUUGUUCCAUGAAGAUAUUUUGUAAAUUUCCUACCGUAAAUAUAUCAAAAAAUCGCAGACAAAGCUUAACUAGUUUUGAGGUCCAGGGUCACAAAUAUGAAUGUUUUCUGGGUUAAUUUAACUCGGUGGUUGGAUUCGUCCCUUAUGACCCAACCAUGGGUUGAAAGUAGUUUAGGUACCAACUUGUUGAAGCUUUAGAAUGGAGCAUGUGAACUAUUUUCAGAUUUUCAGACUAUUCCUUUAACGCACUGUCUCACUGGAAGGGCUGUGCAUUUGAUUAAACGCAAAUGUUAAAAAAGGCUUUUACAGAGACAGAUGCCUGUCAGCUGCUGGUCUCUUGUUUCUACAUUUGAAUAAAGAAGAUGUGAGGAAGCAUGUAAUGAGCUGCGGAAAUCACUAAGAAAAUUAAACCCUUUCUCAUAGUCACCCCACAAUAUAAUGUAAAGCUUAUAGUUCUUUACAGAGAAAAUAAACAAUACGGUGUUGAGGUGUGAUUGUGUUUAAUGUGUUUGCCUUUUGUUUGAAGCCAAAAUCCGCUGUGCUAGUGCAAUAAUCAAAGUUGACAGAUAUUUACUUUUUGCAGUCAUGUGCAUCUCUCCAAGAAAAAAAGAACAAAAACAUUGAUGUCAUUGAUUUUAAAUAGAUGUGCUUUGUAAGGGACGAUGCACAUCCUGCUGGAUGUUAUUGCAAGAUAAACCUUAUUAGUGCUUAUAAACCUUAUAAAGUGCUUAUUAUACAGUUACUUGCUACAUUAGUAAACAAUUGAACAGAAAAAUACUGAUU